UCGGAAAGAAAGCAGCUGAAACCGCGCCGGUCGAUGUACGGAGAAGCCGGCCAACCAGUAAGCAGUCAACCGCGCCCGCCAAAGAAGGGAAAAGCGGGUCAACAACCGAAAGCAGAACCACGCCCGCCGAAAAGCGGAGAAGCGGGCAGCUAACGCCUGGGGAAAACGCUAGCAAGAAGCUUCGGCAGAACCAUGACCCAUCAGCACCAGGGCCGAGAGAGCCGCAGGUCGGCUCCGAAUCGGCGGCACCGCCGGGUGGACAAAGGCAAAACCCUAGCUACUCGGAUACCCUCAGGGGAAUCCGAAUGGCGGUAUUGCCUGUGAACUACCCCGCGGUAUCGCUGAGCGCAGACGACCUGACAACCCUCCAAGUCGUCAUCAUGGAUGAGGUGUUUAAGGGAUGGAUGCAUCCGUUGGCGUUUUUCGGCGUCUACUUCAGGCCAGGUAUGCUCCUUGUGGACUGCAAGGACGAGAGUACGGCCAUGUGGCUGAAAAACGUGGCAGGUAACCUAGAAGGGUGGCAAGGUCCACCCCUAUGCACGAAGAGAGGAGACGACAUUCCGCCGACCCACAAUUUGACGGUCUUCCUACCAAGGGGCGCGGACAAGUCUCCAGAAUAUGCGAUCGGGCUGCUGAGGGGUCAAAACGAGGGGCUUAAUGCCUUGAGAUGGCGAAUCAUUAACAGCUCCAUCGAAGACACCGGCCUACGUCUGAACGUAGGUAUCGACGAGGAAUCGUUUAACAGCAUUAGACGGGACGGCUUCGGUCUAAAUUUCAGGUUUGGCAGUGUUGCGAUGAAACCCUGGAGACAUAAGUCCACGGGCGACAGCGCGACUGCAGCGGAAGUAAUGCAGGUAGACCAGGGCGCAGAACAACCUGAACACGCAAACCUGGAGCCGAGCUCGUCUGAGAGCAAUAUCACUCCUGGCGAAGAGAUGCAGCAACCAGCAGUCCUCCCUUCACUUCUACCAACAACUCAGGAGUUGAUGGAGGGGAUGGACAUGCAAAAGCUCGAGCUAGACGGCAGGAGUGAGAGCGAGCUGAGGCUCUCAGACAUUGGCGAGCCGAUGCAGAGAUGCCCGACCAGCCCACUAUGAUCGUAGCCCAGAUAAAUUGAGAAGUUAGCUUACUGCCAAUAUAGAAGUAUUACGUAUAUGAUAGACAUCGUCUUCGCUGCCGCAUAUUUCCCGGGAGACAACAAUAACAUUCCCCCGAUGGAGGCACAGAAGCUGAUAGACCACUGCCGGAAGAAGGGACUCCAUCUAAUCAUGGGAUGUGAUGCAAAUACGCACCAUGAGGAGUGGGGUAGCUCGGACACUAACAGCAGGGUUUUGCCGGUAAAAAUAAAUGUAAUGCUCGAUUCGCUGGUGGCUGAAAUUUGUUGGUGGUCGCAAAAGACGUACGAUCCCGACAAUGAAGAUGAAGAAGAAGAAUAUACAAUGGGAGUUUCCUCCGAGGGUAAGUCACAAAAAUG